UCUCUCUCUCUCUCUCUCUGCAUAUUCAAUAUUCUAGCUGAAGUAUAAUCGAGGAAAUUAAUCUCUCCACAACCUACUUAUUUCUUCUCCAUCUGGGGACUGGAGGUUAAGAAUGGCUGCUUCUUCUGCUGCUGCUGCUGCUAUACCCCCUCAAGAAAAGUAUGAUGUCUUUCUAAGUUUCAGAGGUGAGGACACCCGCAAUACUUUUACCAGCCAUCUUUACGCUGCUUUAUCGGGGAAGAAGAUCACCUACAUAGACGACAUACUUGAGAGAGGAAACGAAAUUUCACAUGCCCUUCUCGAAGCAAUCGAGAAAUCAAAGCUUUCUGUUAUCAUUUUCUUGACAAACCAUGCUUCUUCCACUUGGUGUCUGGAUGAACUUGCGCACAUACUUGGAUGCAAGGAAAGAAAUGGGCAGCUUGUUUUACCCAUUUUUUACGACAUUGAUCCAUCACAUGUAAGAAAGCAGCAGGGGAGUUAUGCAGAUGCAUUUGCUCAACUUGAAGAACGUUUCAAGGACAAUAUGGACAAGGUGCACAACUGGAGGGAUACUUUGACGAAAGCAGCCAAUCUAUCUGGGUUUGAUUGACAAGGUGCACGACGGGAGGGAUACUUUGCCUUCAUAAUCAUGUUUUCCACGACAGAUGCAGGCUUUGUUGACUAAUUGUCAAAUAUAUUUUGAAACAAUUGAGUUGCAAAUCGUCAGGUGAUUUAAAAGGCCUAUUUGGAAUUGAAAGUCGCAUUCAGGAAGUUGAAUCGUUACUAUGCAU